UGGCCCGAAGGAUUCAGGCGGCGCCGGCGCCAUCUUGCAGGAGCCUGCGACCGAGUGGGAGUCGAGUGGAGCGGCCUUAGUUGCCGACUCUUUUCUUCUCCCCACGGUCCGGUCAGCGGGUUGAUUAGGCCAUCGGCCCUCAAGGCGAGACUUGUCUCUUAUUUAGUUCUGGGGAGCGCCUAGCCGACAUGAGUGAUGUAGAGGAGAACAACUUCGAGGGCAGAUGCGCCCUCCCUUCUCGCCACCCCUGAGGCUUCCUUAUCUCUGUUGCGAGGUGUGGGUCCCCGUCGCGGUGAGGCGGGAGGAGGCGGCAGGGAAUUCCCUUCCGGCCGGAUAGUGGUUAAUGUUCGUGAAGAAAUUGAAGAGUUUUUUCCAAGAAUGUGGAAGAUAAAUCAAGAUAAAAGAAGGCUAAUGAAAAGUAUUAAAGAUCAGAAAAUUAAAAUUGAAUGGGGGAAAAAAUUGAACAGAAGAUUGGUCAGAUAGAAGCACUUGAAUAUUUUUUAAGGCUAUUUUGAAUUGUUUGAAUUGGGGAAGAAUACGCGAAGUAUGAAAAAUGAAAAACUCAAUGAAGAAUGAAGAGAAGUAGAAAGCAAGAGUGAAGUAGAAUUAAAAGAAUCUGGAAGAAUGAAUGGGUCCUAGGUUAAGUAAAUGUAUGGUUUAUGUUCCAGUGUCUGUAUGAUCAAGUUGUAGAUGAAUUUGCAUGAUUACUUAGUUAAUAGAGAAUUGGUGAUCUGGUUCAAGUAGGGAAUUUUAGAGGACAGUUAGCAGUAUUAACAGUGGGUUAUUAAUGAGCUGAAAUUUUUUCUGGAGGGUGUUGCCUAACCAUUUGUUUUCCAGGAGCAAUCAAUAUAAAUAAUUACGGUACUUUAAAUGUUAGGUGUUAGGCAUCUACAUGACCAGUGCCAUUUGUAAUACUGUCUUCUUUGUUAGGAGUCUCGCUCUCAGUCAAAAUCUCCAACGGGAACUCCUGCUCGAGUAAAAUCGGAGAGCAGGUCAGGAUCUCGUAGUCCAUCAAGGGUUUCCAAACAUUCUGAAUCCCAUUCUCGAUCAAGAUCAAAAUCCAGGAGGCGGUCUCGGAGUAGGUCGUACACACCAGAGUACCGACGUCGAAGGAGCCGAAGUCAUUCUCCAAUGUCUAACCGGAGAAGACACACAGGCAGCAGAGCAAAUCCAGAUCCCAACACUUGUCUUGGAGUGUUUGGCCUCAGUUUGUACACAACAGAGAGGGAUCUUCGUGAAGUAUUUUCUCGAUAUGGACCAUUGAGUGGUGUCAAUGUGGUUUAUGAUCAGCGAACUGGACGAUCACGAGGAUUUGCUUUUGUGUAUUUUGAGAGAAUAGAUGACUCAAAGGAGGCUAUGGAAAGGGCAAACGGAAUGGAGCUGGAUGGUAGAAGAAUUCGUGUGGAUUAUUCUAUCACCAAGAGAGCACACACACCUACACCAGGCAUCUACAUGGGCAGACCGACUCAUAGUGGCGGCGGCGGAGGUGGAGGCGGCGGUGGAGGUGGCGGAGGUGGCAGACGUCGAGAUUCCUACUACGACAGAGGGUAUGAGCGUGGCUAUGACAGAUAUGAAGACUAUGAUUACCGGUACAGAAGAAGAUCACCUUCUCCUUACUAUAGUCGCUACAGAUCACGAUCGAGAUCUCGGUCCUACAGCCCAAGACGCUACUGAUAACAGAAUGGUUGCCGUGAAGGAUUUCUUUUUCUUUUCUUGUUUAAUUCUGGAUUUCUCUGAGCUUCUAACCCUUCCUACUUCUUAAAAAGAACUUUUUAAAAAAUCUUUGGUUUAUUUAGCAUCUACACUUUGUCAAUUGUAUUGCUGUUUUCCACCCCUUUUAUUAUACUCUUAAAGAUGUGAUUGUUGUCAUUUUGAGUAGUUAAACAUCUUGAGUAAAAAAGGAACCGCUAGUGUUACGCUUUGUAAUGAUUAUUUUUAAGGUUGCUUUUUUAGAAAAUUAACUCCAGGCCAAUCAAAAGAGGAAAGAAAUGAUCUUUUUAAAGCUUCUUUUGUGUCAGAUACUGUAUUAGACAUUGUAUUAGAAAUCUGCAUUUACAACGAACUCCUUUUUCAACUUUCUUUUGGGGAAGAUAGUAAGUAGCACACAAAGUAGUGCAGCCCCGUCCGGUUGUCUGGGGCGACGUGGAACAGUCAGAUAGUUGAGUGUAGAGGGUGUGAAGCUGUGAAAGGAAACACGUGGUCAUUUCUUUUCAGAAAUGGAAAAUUUGAACCUUAAAAAUUACAUUGUUUCUUUAGAGAUGGAAAACUUGUGUACUUCUAUAAAACAUAUUUAAAAUACAUCUGUUAAAACUUAACAAAGUGUGAUUUUGUGUUGAAUUUUUGAAGUUUAAGUAUUCUUUUAAUCAGUGAAGGAUAGCCCAUAUUAUUUAUUACUUAGAGCAGUUGUACACUUUGCUGUUAGAAAUUUUGGGCAUCGGGAUGUUGGUCAAGCAGGCUCUUCUUGUAUAGCAUGGAGUCCUUGGAGGAUGUGUGUGGGGAAGUAAGUAGUCUUUCAAAUAAAAGUUCAUUUCUUUGAAAA